UCUUGUAUUCUAAAUUGUUAGAGAGAGAGAAAAUGAACACCCCCCUCUCACUUUAAUUAUAGUCAUACCAUGUUCCUUCUUUAAGUAUAUAGAGAGCGAAAGAAAGUACUUGUUUCUCUCUCUAGAAUUCAACUUCUAUUUCUUUCUUUAUAUUUUUAAAACACAGCCCAUUUUCCCACUUCCCGCCUAUGCUAUGCUCUAACUCUGACCUAUGGAGGUUUAUGCAUCCCGUUUUCUCUUUCUCCUCCUUCUCUUACUUUCUCUCUCUACACACUCUCUCUCUACACCCACCAACGACACCGCUGCCCUCUCCCUCUUCCGAUCCCAAACCGAUGCCCACGGCAUCCUUCUCUCCAACUGGACUCUCCCCGCCACAGGCGGCGACGCCUGCUCCUCCUCAUGGCGCGGCGUCCGGUGCAUCAACGGUCGUGUGACUGCACUUUCUCUCCCCUCCCUCGACCUCCGUGGCCCCCUCAUUUCUCUCUCCUCCCUCGACCAGCUCCGCAUUGUCGAUCUCCACAACAACCGCCUCAACGGCACCGUUGACCCAAUUGCCGAUUGCUCCAAUCUCAAGCUCAUAUACCUCUCCGGCAACGACUUUUCUGGCGAAAUUCCGUCAACGAUAGCCUCUCUUGACCGAUUGCUCCGAUUAGACCUCUCAAACAACAAUCUCAAAGGCCCAAUUCCCAACGAAAUCGCCAACCUCACUCGUCUCCUCACUCUCCGCCUCCAAAACAACGAACUUUCCGGCCCGAUUCCACAAUUCUUCGACUCGUUUCCGCAACUGAAAGAGUUGAAUUUGUCCAACAACGAAUUGUACGGACGCUUGUCGGAGGGUAUACUGAGAAAAUUCAGUGAUCGGAGUUUCUCCGGCAAUGAAGGGCUUUGUGGGUCGAGCCCAUUGCCCAGUUGCUCAUUCGUGGAGACCCCUCCGGCGGCUGCUUCGGCGGGGACUGUACAAUCGAACCCCAGUUCAUUGCCUUCAACAACAAUUAUAGACGAGAACAAGAAACAGAGAAGAGGUCUUAGUCCUGGUGCUAUAGUUGCAAUUGUAGUUGCAAAUUCAGUUCUAUUACUGGUGAUCACCUCCUUCGUUGUGGCUUAUUAUUGCGGGAGGUACUCCAGAGACUCGAAUUCGAAAUCGGGUAGUGAGAGUGGGAAGAGGAGGAGAAGUGGGAGUAGCUACGGGAGUGAGAAAAAGGUGUAUGCAAACAAUGGGGGUGGAGAUAGUGACGGUACGACGGCAACUGAUCGGAGCAGGCUCGUGUUUUUCGAUAGGAGGAAGCAGUUUGAGCUGGAGGAUUUGCUGCGAGCUUCAGCUGAAAUGCUGGGGAAAGGUAGUUUGGGAACUGUGUACAAGGCGGUGCUCGACGACGGCUGUACGGUGGUGGCGGUGAAGAGGCUGAAGGAUGCGAACCCAUGUGUUAGGAAGGAGUUUGAGCAGUAUAUGGAUGUGAUUGGGAAGCUUAAGCACCCCAACAUUGUUAGGCUCAGAGCUUACUACUAUGCCAAGGAAGAAAAGCUUCUUGUCUAUGAUUUUCUCCCCAAUGGAAGCUUGCAUUCACUUCUUCAUGGGAAUAGAGGUCCGGGAAGAAUUCCAUUGGAUUGGACAACAAGGAUCAGCUUGGUGCUUGGAGCGGCUCGCGGGCUUGCUCGCAUUCAUGAAGAGUAUGCUGCAACCAUGAUUCCUCAUGGGAAUGUGAAAUCAUCGAAUAUAUUACUAGACAAAAAUGGCGUGGCUUGCAUUUCUGAUUUUGGGUUGGCAUUGCUAUUGAAUCCAGUUCAUGCCACAGCUAGAUUGGGAGGAUACAGGGCACCUGAACAGGCUGAAAUCAAGAGGCUGUCUCAGAAGGCAGAUGUUUAUAGUUUUGGGGUGGUGGUGUUGGAAGUGCUUACUGGAAGAGCUCCAUCACAGUACCCUUCACCCACACGUCCUCGCGUGGAGGAAGAAGAACAGGCGGUGGAUUUGCCCAAAUGGGUUCGAUCCGUGGUGAGAGAUGAGUGGACUUCAGAAGUGUUUGAUCAAGAACUUCUGAGGUACAAGAACAUUGAGGAGGAACUUGUGGCAAUGCUUCACGUGGGGAUGGCUUGUGUGGUGCCAGUGCCCGAAAAGAGGCCUACGAUGAUGGAAGUGGUGAAGAUGAUUGAGGACAUUAGGGUGGAGCAGUCUCCUUUGGGGGAAGACUACGAUGAAUCGCGCAAUUCGCUCUCGCCUUCGCUUGCCACCACAGAAGAUGCACUGGGUGUUUACUGAUCUUUCAAAGCCAGUUAAAAUAUUACAGUGUUUGUUGAUGGCUCUUACCAUCUCCAUUUGCACCAUCUUAUUGCAAAUUGUUGUUGCAACUAAUGGAUUUUCUUGUGUAUUUCCCUCUACUUUGUAAUAUUUGUAUUGCUGCUUUUAAGUUUUUCCAGUGUUGCAGGUAGGAAGAUCUGAUGAUCUAAACUACCAGUCAAGAGAUUAGUUUAAGUUAGUCUCUUUUUAUGUAAUGUAAUUUUUAACAUUUCAAUCAGCUACUAGUAUUUUUUCAGAGCAAA